AUCCAAGCAGCCAAAGAAAAGCUCAGCUCUGUGUACAGAGAAACCUAUAGUACUGUAUGUAAUAGGCCAGUGCAUAAGAGACCUGAGCAUCAAAGAGCUACGAAUGUUCUGAUAAAUCUGGUUCUGUGCUGGACACAGAUAAUUUCCCUUGCCUGCAUUUGCCCCAGCCUUCCUCUCCAGCAGAUUUAUUCUAUCAUGUAUCUUCUAGGUUUAAUUCGGACUUCCUUCCUUUUAUUCUGACGCUGAUUUGUUCUGAUGAAAUAUUCCAAACCAGCAGAUGGAUUACGUGGAGGAUCUCCUAGACUGCAGUUGAAACGAGACAUGAGGACCCCAAGAAUCCAAACUAAUAGAAGGUGAAGAUGCCAUGGGAGGAAUUAUUCCAUAUUAGAUGAGUGAUCUGAGGUCCAGUUUCAGAAAUGCACCCAGUGAGCAGCUUCAACUGAAAGUGAAGACCCUAAGGAGUAGGAUAACCAUGAUGGGAAGAUCCCAAGUAAAUGUCAUGUUUCUCAUCCAGCUUCUCUAAAGAACCACUUCUGUUGGACAGACCUACAUCCUACACUAUAUCUCCAAAAGUAUUGGGACCCCUGCCUCUCCAACAUCACAUUCUCCACCCAAGGGUGUUAAUGUGGAUUUGGUCCUCACUUUGCCCGUGCUCUUCUUGGAAGGUUCCCACUAGAUGUUGGACUGUACAGGCCAGUCAAGUUCUUCCGCUGCUUCUCAUCAGGCUAACUUAGUACGUACCUUGCUUUGUGCAUGGGGGCGCUCUUGCACUGAAACAGGAAAGAGACUUCCCCAAAUUGUUCAAGUACAGAAUCUCAAAAAAAGUUAUUGUGAGCUGUAAUUUCAAUGGAACCAGGCGUCCAAAUCACAUAUUCAGGCAGUUAGAGUUCUCCUGGCAUCUGCCUACACCAGAGAGAGAGAGAACAGAUUGUCUGAACCCAGCCCCACCCUGGCUGAAGCUUGACAUUGGCAUGGUAAUAUGUGGGCCAUGCAAAUGCCUCGAACGUCAGAUCUAUCCACCCAUCUCCAGAAGCAAAAGUCCCAAGCGUCAGAUCUAUCCACCCAUCUCCAGAAGCAAAGCUUCCAAGCAUCAGAUCUAUCCACCCAUCUCCAGCAGCAAAUGUCCCAAGCAUCAGAUCUAUCCACCCAUCUCCAGAAAAAAAGGUCCCAAGCAUCAGAUCUAUCCACCCAUCUCCAGAAGCAAAUGUCCCAAGCGUCAGAUCUAUCCACCCAUCUCCAGCAGCAAAUGUCCCAAGCGUCAGAUCUAUCCACCCAUCUCCAGAAGCAAAUGUCCCAAGCGUCAGAUCUAUCCACCCAUCUCCAGAAGCAAAUGUCCCAAGCGUCAGAUCUAUCCACCCAUCUCCAGCAGCAAAUGUCCCAAGCGUCAGAUCUAUCCACCCAUCUCCAGAAGCAAAUGUCCCAAGCGUCAGAUCUAUCCACCCAUCUCCAGAAGCAAAUGUCCCAAGCGUCAGAUCUAUCCACCCAUCUCCAUAAGCAAAUGUCCCAAGCAUCAGAUCUAUCCACCCAUCUCCAGAAGCAAAUGUUCCAAGCAACAGAUCUAUCCACCCAUCUCCAGAAGCAAAUGUUCCAAGCAACAGAUCUAUCCACCCAUCUCCAGAAGCAAAUGUUCCAAGCAACAGAUCUAUCCACCCAUCUCCAGAAGCAAAUGUCCCAAGCAUCAGAUCUAUCCACCCAUCUCCAGAAGCAAAUGUUCCAAGCAACAGAUCUAUCCACCCAUCUCCAGAAGCAAAUGUCUCAAGCAAAAUUAUUCAAUUGAUUUAGUCCAACACUAGGUUAUCUAGCUUAGACCCAAGCAAACUUCCUUACCAGCACUUAACCUGAGCCAGGGUUUAUGUUUAAUGACUAGCACUUAAUCCAAGGCACCCCCCCCCCACCCGUUAUAAUCGAGAUUGUUAGCCAUAGACUUUUAUUCUCUUUCCUAAUAGCAGAUCACCCGGAGGUGCACUUGCUAAGUAGCACACUUACCCCAAAGAUGCCCAUCCUCUGGAUAAUCUCACAACCAGCACAAUGAUCUGCCCACCUCUGUAGACUUACCCAACCAUUAACCCAACUACUAACCCAACCACAAACUCAACUACUAACCCAACCACUUACCCAACCACUAACCCAACUGAAUGGACCCAGUUGUAAGCAGACCUUCCAACCAGAGGAUCACAAAGACCCCCCAGAUAUAAACACACGACAGAGGCAUCUGAUUGGUGGGAUUUCUCUAUUGCACUCAUUCUCUUUUGCUUUCCUGGGCGGAGUCUAAUGCAAACUGUAAAAUAUUUUAUUUUUUUUCAAAAAAAAAGAGAAUAUUGUGAACUAUUUUGAAGGAUUUUCUGUAUUUGUAUUGUUUUUAUGAUCAUUGUAAUGCGCCUUGAUGUGAAAGCCAGAGGGAAUGUUGGGGUGCCCGUUCCCAUCAUGCCCGCCUGUAUGAGAGUAAUAUCAGGGGGGCCUCCGGUUAGCUUUGCCUGUAACUGCAGCAGCUGGGGGGCUGCACAUCCCUCCUCUAUAUUCAACCUGCACUUUAUUGUAUAAUAAGGACCUGACAGUUUGUUACACCAGCCAAUCAGCUCAUUGACCUUUCCCCGUGGCAUGGAGAGCUCUGAUUGGCCGAACAAUCACUUACGUGUCAAUUUUUAAUGCUGGUUCGUUCCCCCACAUUUCAGUCUCAGAUUUCGGGCUCCUCAUAUGACGGCGGUAGCUGUAAAAUAUCGGAAAUCCCUUGUAAUCGAAGGUGAGACGCGCAGAGGGAAAUGGAGUUAAAGGCAUCAAGUAAAUUAAAGGGGCGGUUCACCUUUAAGUUAACUUUUAGUAUGUUAUAGAAUGGCUAAAUCUAAGCAACUUUUCAAUUGGCCUUUUUUUUAUACACUCUCUUCUUAAACGUUAAUUUAAAGGUGAACACCCCCCACCUUUAAAUACAAGUGUCUAUUAAAGGACAAGGAAAACUAAAUUGACUAGUGGUGCCUCCAUGUUUAUUUUCAUUUUCCCAGGGUUCUUUGUGCUGGCGCACGUGCAAAAUGUGACUUUAUUUGCCCUUUAGUGCUAAAUUAACCCUUGUGCAUUUAGCUUGUGUUCAUCAUGAACUUUAUAUACGAUUUAAGAAAGGUAAGACACCCCUAGAUCUGAGGCGCCCCCUGUAUAAACGACUGGUUACUCAUGUGUAUGGGGCACUUGCUAUAAGUGAUUGACACGUGUAAGAGUCACUGGUUGGUGCAGAUUUCUCUGAUGUCAUCGACCCCAUAUCCUGAUGAAUGUCUCGCCCUAUGAGUCUCUGAUUCACUGCUCUGCAGCAGUUAAACGGUUAACCCUUGGUGUCCCCUCCCCCGCAGCGGUCACUGGCAUGUCCGCAGUAGGGGAGGUCAAUGUUUUUUUAAUAUAAAUAUAAAAUGCUGUAGAAAUGUAUAUAUUUGUACUGAGACCUUUUUUUAUGAUGCCAAAAAAAUUAAAUACUUUAUACAUG